UCAAUUUAUUCUUCUCAUUCGAUUUGUAGAUAUAACUUUCGAUGAUUUUAAUAUUAAAGUCAAACCAUAUAAGGGUAUUAUUCCUAAUCAAGUUUAUGAAGAAAUUGAAGAAUUUUAUAAUAAAGGUACCUUUCCAAAAGUAAACACAUUACCACCUAGAAUAGGAAAAUUUGAUUCAAAAAUUAUCAACCCAAAACUCGCAAAAAUAAUUAUCAAAUGGAUUGUUAAAGAAGAUUUCUGGAUUUUACGUUACAAAUUUAAUCUUAUUUAUCGUGGUAGUAUUGAUGGUAUUAAUCAUGAAAUAUUUAAAAAUAAAUGUAAAGGUCAAAUGGAAAGUUUGGUUUUAAUUAAAGUUAAACAUACAAAUCAAAUAUUUGGUGGAUAUAGUUCUAUUGGGUUUAAUUCGAUUGGAGAUAAUGUUCCAAGUCUUAAUGGUUUCAAUAAUUCAAAGUAUUAUUAUUCAUCGGAUAAUUUUAUUUUUUCAUUUAAAAACGAUAAAGAUACUCAAAAUAUGAAAAUAAGUCGUGU